AACAAAACACAUGUUUUUGUUAUUAAAUUAAUAGUUGUCUUAAUUUAAUAGUUAAUAUAUGAUGUGUUAAACUUGUUUAUAAACUGUUUGAUCAUUUCUAUACAGUAUAUCAUAGUCACCAUUUGGAUCAAUUAAAUAAUGGAGAAAACACCGAUUAGUCGACUACAAGAAAUCUGUGCCCACAAUGGCCUCCAACCCGAGUAUCAACUGUUAUCAGUCGAGGGUGUAGUUCAUGCGCCGACUUUCAUCUAUCGGGUUCAGGCCGGAGAGGUGACGGCAACGGCCACCGGUCAGAGCAAGAAAAAGGCUAAACACGCGGUCGCCCGAAGAGCUAUCGAAAUGAUUAUUACCGAAAGUGACUAUCAGGUGGAAGAAGCGGAUACUAUACUGGAGAUAAUGAAAGAACUGAGUCUUAAUGAUAGCAAUGAGACAGAUCCCGAUGCCGGUGUAGUUGGCGGCGGUGGCAGCAGCAGUGGCGACGGCAACGGCGGUUGUGGUGGUGGUGGUGGUGGUGAUGAUAGUACCGGUAGUUAUAGUCUCGAUAAUGACACCACUGACGAUAGCAAUCCGGUCGGUAAACUGCAGGAAAUAUGUAUGAAAAGACAUUGGCGGCCACCGCUGUACGAAACGAUCAGCGAAGAAGGACUGCCACACGAAAGAGUGUUCAAAAUGAAGUGCAUUAUCGAGAAUAUGGACUUCAGUGAGACAGGAGUGGCCAAAUCGAAACGGCUGGCCAAACGAAAAGCAGCACUACUUAUGAUCAAACGAUUGAAAGACGAAAAUUUAGCCGACGAUGACAUUAACGACAAAAAUGGUCAACAAUUUGAAUCAACAUUUAUAGAUAAUUUUAUUGAAUCGAAAACAAGUGGUCAAGUAAUACCAGCCAAAGUCAAAUUGGAUAACUUUUUGAAGUUGGAUCAGUUCACCGAAGACGUACACGAAAAUAUUAACAAAUUGAUUGCCGACUGUCUGGAUGACGACAAUAAUAUAACAACUAUGGGUCUACAAUACGAUACCGACUAUUUGACUAAACUGUUAGAAUUGACCAAACAAUUGGACUGUCAGUUCAAAGUGCUAACUGUGCCUCAGCUAAGCUACUCGAAUACCUACCAGUGUAUGAUUCAUGUCAUACCCAAUGAUAUUACCUACACUGACCUACCGGUACUGACUUCCUGGGGUACAUCCGAACAACUAGAAGAUGCCAAACAAACGGCUGCCGGCAAUGCCAUCAAAUUGUUUAGUUUGUUAAAAGAAAAGCAUGUGAUCAACAAACUAUCGGUUAACAAAAAUACCGUAAAAUCCGUCCAAUUGGCCGAAAUUGUUGCCUAAAUAUUUAAAGCGGUAAUACUGUAGUUAAGCGAUGAGUUUGAGUUUCAUCUACAACAACAACAAUUAGGAUCUAAUUAAUUAAUUUAUUCAUUUUGAUGAUUGCAUCUUUUUUUUAAAAAAAUUUAUAAUCAUUUAAAUACCGGUAAUAAUAAUUUUUUUUAUGCUUAAGUUUCAUAUCAUUAUAAAAAACAUAUACAUAAUGUUUGAGAAAAAUAAUA